AUGCCGCGAUUCAGUCCGUCGCGAAGUCAAGGUCGCGAGGCGGGACAUGGUCACGGGAGCAGGGCCAUCUUCUCCCCCAAAUCCAGAAAGGAACGAAGUAGAGGCUCGCUUGGUACUCCCGAACCGAAAGUGGUAAUCGCAGAUACCGCCGCAACAAGUGGAUAUCAGCAGUUCGGAAGCUAUUCGCAAGGUCCAGAAUCCGGAAGCUUGGAAGGUUGGACCACAAAUGUCGCGCACAGAGUUGAAGACAGCUCCAGCGCGCUGGGUCGAAUCGGUGUUGUCAGCAAAGCCAAGCCAAUCGAACUGAAGAUAGAUCGAAGUACGCCGAUAAUACCCCUUGAAGUAGUCGCGGACCACGAGCUGGAUGGAGUUGCCUCAUUGUCUUUCGAGGAGCCCCUUGCUCUUUCUGGCAGGCGGCGCACAGGAAGCGACGCAGUGGCAGACAUUGCAUGGGAACAGAUCCGCAGAGAGUACCACGAUCGUGUCGACUAUCGCAAUCGCAUUCAAACUGGCCAUGUCGACAGAGAGGCGGUCGUUAGACACGUCAGUAUCCGAUCACAGAUCGCUUCUAUCGAGGAAGCUUCAGAAGACGAAAGCGGCCCCAUCGCAGAUCCAUCCGCCGAGGCACCUGGAGCAGCACCAUUGAGCCCGUUGACAGAAUCCUGGCUGCUUGAGUACUGGACGUCGGCGCCGCCAAGUCCCACAUCACUAGCCACAACAUAUCACACGACGACGAGCUCCAGCACCGCCGCAUCAGAAUACGAUGAGCUUGAGAUGCCAGGGGCUAGUUACACGGAUUGA